GCGGGGCCAGCUCGCGCUGGGAGCGGCGGCGGCGGAAUCUGGUGGACAGGCCUCACCUGAGCCAUGGCCACACGCCUCAGAUCGGCUGGCAGGAGGUGCACUGUGAUCGGGGGCUCGGGGUUCCUGGGGCAGCACAUGGUGGAGCAGCUCCUGGACAGGGGUUAUGCUGUCAACGUCUUCGACAUCCACCAGAGGUUCCAGAGCGACAGAGUGAAGUUCUUCCUGGGAGACCUCUGUGACAAGGAGGCUCUGCUCCCAGCUCUGCAAGGUGUGUCCGUGGCCUUCCACUGUGCAUCCCCCACACCUUCCAGUGACAACAGGGAACUGUUUUACAAGGUGAAUUUUUUGGGAACCAAAACAGUCAUUGAGGCCUGCAAAGAAGCUGGAGUGCAGAAACUGGUGUUAACCAGCAGUGCCAGCGUGGUCUUUGAGGGCACAGACAUAAAAAAUGGAUCAGAAGACCUCCCUUAUGCACAAAAACCUAUUGACUACUACACAGAGACCAAGAUCCUACAGGAGAAGGAAGUGCUCAGGGCAAACGACCCAGACAAUGAUUUCCUCACCACUGCCAUUCGUCCCCACGGGAUUUUUGGUCCCAGAGACCCUCAGCUGGUUCCCAUCCUCGUCCAGGCCGCCAAGAAGGGCAAAAUGAAGUUCAUUAUUGGGGAUGGAAAGAACCUGGUGGAUUUCACCUACGUGGAAAACGUGGUCCAUGGGCACAUCCUGGCUGCGGAAAAGCUGCAGAAAGGCUCUCCCCUGUGUGGGAAGGCCUUUCACAUCACCAACGAUGAACCGGUUCCCUUCUGGGCGUUCAUGUCCCGGAUCCUGACGGGCUUGGACUACGACCCUCCCAAGUACCACAUCCCCUACUGGCUGGCCUAUCACCUGGCCCUGCUGCUGGCCCUGCUGCUGUGGCUGCUCAGGCCCCUGGUGACCAUCAAGGCCACCUUCACCCCCAUGAGGGUGGCCCUGGCUGGGACAUUCCACUACUACAGCUGCGAGAGGGCCAAGAGGGACCUGGGGUACCGGCCCGUGGUGGGGCUGGAGGAGGCCAUAGCCAGGACCCUGCAGAGCUACCCCCACCUGCGCCGGGCCAGGGCCUGAGCAGCCCUGCAGGAACUUCUUCCAGCUCCGUUUUCCAUGAUUACCAUGAUGCCUUGCCAUGGGCACUGAAGGAAAUGUCACCAAGUCCCAGGAACGGGGAGCUUCCCCCCCACCCCGAGUUCCUCCUCGCCGUGACCUGGGUUGGAAAGACCCUCACGUAGGAGCUGUUGUAACAGUUCUUUGAGGUGACUUUCUUGUUUUUGAACCAGCUGCUGAACUCUCUGGACCAUGAAAAAAACCCCCUGCUGUGCCCUCUUCAAUCCCAAGGCAGCCCAUCAGCAUUCCUUCCCUCCUCUCUCCGCCCUUGUCCCGAUGUUUGGUUUCUCUGGUGACAUCAGCCACCUCCUCUCAGAGCUGGGGAACCAAACCCUUCUCGUGGCUGGUCCCCUCUGGGCUUUGGCUUUUCUCUAGACAGGAGAAGCUCGUGGCAAAAAGCAGUUCUGCCACCAGCUCUGAAAUCACUGCAGCUCAUUUUGAUUUCUCUCCAUGAUUAGUGGGUGAUUUGGCUCCUUCCUGAAGGAAACCUGAGGAAAGGCCUCUCUUUGUUCCUUUGGGUCUGCAGGAGCCUCUUUCUGUUCCAAAAAGAAUCCAAAUAAAUCACAAAGAGAUGA